CCCCGGUCCUGGGCACGCGGCCGGCUGGGGCCGGGGAUGUCCCGGGCGGAGGCCGCUCAGACGUGAACAGCGCACCACCCUACACGGCUGCGUAGCGGGGCCCGGGAGGCUCACUGUUCCGAGAUGGCCGGGCAGGCAGACAAGGAUGUGAAGUACUACACCCUGGAAGAGAUUCAGAAGCACAAAGACAGCAAGAGCACCUGGGUGAUCCUGCAUCACAAGGUGUACGACCUGACCAAGUUUCUGGAAGAGCAUCCUGGCGGGGAAGAAGUCCUAAGAGAGCAAGCGGGGGGUGACGCCACUGAGAACUUUGAGGAUGUUGGACACUCUACUGACGCGCGAGAACUGUCCAAGACGUACAUCAUCGGAGAGCUCCAUCCAGAUGACAGAUCAAAGAUAGCCAAGCCUUCGGACACUCUUGUCACUACUGUCGAGUCUAGUUCCAGUUGGUGGACCAACUGGGUGAUCCCAGCCAUCUCAGCGCUGGCCGUAGCCCUGAUGUAUCGCUUCUACAUGGCGGAAGAGUGACAUGCCUCUCAGAAGCCAUGGAAGGAAAGACCACCCCAGAGGGGAGAAAGAAGCCAGUGUUAAUCACGUCCGCUGACAGCACCUUCCCCCGAGAAAGUAAUUGUAAUAUAUCUGUCUCCCUCUCCUCCUGUACUAGUAGAACCAACAAGGACCUCCUGGUACUCUUAAACUUUUCAAAUGUGCCUUUUUAUUCAACUUCGUUUGAUGUUUCUUCACUGCAUAAUUUUCUUAUUGUAAGCAUGAUCUUUUUAAAAUAUAUCUGGCUUUUAAAGUU